GACGACAAAAGAUGCUGAUGGGAGCGAAAGAGAAGAAGGUCCAGAAGAAAAGAAAACAUAAGGGCAUGGGAGAGGAGGAAGAAAAGAGAGGACAGCAGUCCGCAAGACGAGAGGAAGAGGAGGAGGUGAAGAAGAGACAAGAUGGAGGGGAGGAGACGGCAGAGGAGAAGGAAGACGAGAGGCAGGAUCAGCUGGCGGCGCGGAGGGACAGCUUGAUCGAGUCGCUGAGGGAUCUGCUGAAGACGAAGGAGAUGACGAAGAGCUCCCAGGACGGAGGAAAGUCUGGCGACAGGAAGACGCCACCCAGAGGUGAGAGGAAAGACGAAAGGAGAGAAGACGGACAGAGGGGGGAAACUGUCCACCAGAAAGUCAACGACUGA